AUGCUGAGGAGCGCUCUGCCGUGCGCCGCGCUCGGGCUCCUGCGCGCCCAGCCCUUCCCCUGCCCACCCACCUGCAGGUGCCUUUUCCGCGACGCCGCGCAGUGCUCGCAGGGCAGCGUGGCGCGCAUCGCGGCGCUCGGCUUGCCCACCAACCUCACGCACAUCCUGCUCUUCCAAAUGGGCCGCGGCGUCUUGCAGAACAGCAGCUUCAGUGGCAUGACCGUCCUGCAGCGCCUAAUGCUGUCCGACAGCCAAGUUUCGGCCAUUGCUCCCGGCACUUUCAACGACCUGAUAAAACUUAAAACCCUGAGGUUAUCGCACAACAAGAUCACUCAUCUUCCAGGCGCGCUGUUGGAUAAGCUGGUGCUCUUGGAACAGUUGUUUCUGGACGGCAAUGAACUAAAGAGCCUUGACCAAAACAUGUUUCAGAAACUGGUUAACCUGCAGGAGCUCUUUCUGAACCAAAACCAACUCGCUUUCCUCCCUGCUAGCCUCUUCACACACCUGGGGAACCUGAAAUUGUUGGAUUUAUCGGAAAAUAAUUUGACCCACCUACCCGAGGGAUUGUUUGGGGUCCAGGUUAAGCUUGAGAAGCUUCUGCUCCACUCGAACCAGCUCGUGUCUCUGGAUUCGGGGCUGUUGGAUAGACUGCGCGCCCUGAUGGAGCUGCAGCUCGACAGAAAUCACAUCCGUUACGUCGCACCCGGCGCCUUCGACCGUCUGCGAAGCCUGAGCUCUUUGACUCUUUCCAGAAACCGCCUCGAGUUUCUGCCCUCUGCCCUCUUUCUUCAUUCGCACAAUUUGACCUUCCUGACCCUGUUCGAGAACCCGCUGGAGGAACUCCCCGAGGUGCUCUUCGGGGUGAUGGGCGGCCUGCGGGAGCUGUGGCUGAACGCCACCCAGCUGCGCACCCUGCCUGCCGCCGCCUUCCGCAACCUGAGCGGCCUGCGGGUCCUGGGGGUGACGCUGAGCCCGCGGCUGAGCGCGCUCCCGGAGGACGCCUUUCGGGGCCUCGGCGAGCUGCGGGUGCUCGCCCUGCGCUCCACCAGCCUGGCUUCCCUCCCCGCCGGCUUGCUCCGCGGCCUCGGCGGGCUGCGCCACGUGUCGCUGCGCCGCAACCAGCUGCGGACUCUGCCCCGCGAGCUCUUCCGCAACCUCAGCAGCCUGGAGGAGGUCCAGCUUGACCACAACCAGCUGGAGACACUGCCCGGCGACGUAUUUGAGGCUCUGCCCCGGCUGGCGAAGGUCCUGCUGGGGCACAAUCCCUGGCGCUGCGACUGUGGCCUGGGGCCGUUCCUGGCGUGGCUGCGGCGGCACGCGGGCCUCGUGGGUCGAGCCGAGCCCCCGCUGUGUCACGGCCCCGGGCCGCACGCCGGCCUGCCGCUCUGGGCCCUGCCCCCCGGCGACCCCGGCUGCCCGCGCCCCGGAAGCCCGCCUUCCCGCCGCCUCGCCCUCGGCUCUUCCGAAGCCCCCCGGCAGCCCGCCCUGCCCGCCGCCCCUGCCCGCGCUUCCUUGGGACCCAAGCGCUCCGAGUCCUGGGCGUGGGCCCGGACGGUGGCCGAGGGCAAAAGUCAGGACCAGAGCCUGUUCUGGGGUCUCUAUUUUCUGCUUUUAGCUGCUCAGGCCAUAAUUACGGGGAUCAUAGUGUUUGCGAUGAUUCGACUCGGCAGGCUCUUUCGGAAAUUAAUCAGAGACAGAGCUCUGGUUUGAGGCAACGGUAAAACCUUGCAAUUAAUUAAAACGUGACCAGGGUAUUGUCAGACGUGGCUCUGGGGAGAGUCCAGACGGGCUGCCGCUGUCUU